CUCCAACAGUUCACUCGAAUAGAAACAAUCGACUAUCGACUAUCGACUAUCGACAAUCCAUCUAGCUACACUGGCCUGACAUCUCUUUCAUCCAAUCCGAUCUGGGGAUAUGACAGUUUCACGCAAGUUGCGGGAUCCGUCGUCAUGUGAAGCUCAUUGAGGCCACUGAGCGCUAACGCUAACUCCAUAGUCAGCAAAUCGGACCAUCAAUCAUUGCUACAAUGUCCGCGGAGACUUCGCCGUUUGAGUCGCUACCGAAUGAGCUAAUUGAUCAAAUACUGUCCAAUCUUGCUACUGAUCCUCCUUCGUGGUCUCGUUUCGACCAGCCGCCGUGCGUCCGUAUAGCCAAAUCUGCCACCCGUGACCUCAAAAACCUAUCGCGAACCUCCUCUCGCUUCUUGGAGGUCACGCGGCCGCGGUUGUUCGCAUAUGUCUGCUUUGAUAUCAGUGAGGGAGAAAGCUUUCUACAGUUCGUCCAGAAAUGGAACCUGUGUCGAAGCGUGACGUCCAUACUGGCGCGGGGAAAUAUCGGUUCAGAUCCUCAGGACGACCCCUCAUGGUGGCGUAGGAUUCUGCACCAUCUCGACCCUCUGCGUAUCACUCUCAUGGCGCCGCCGUCGUUUAUCGCAGCGACGCUAGGAACCAGGAUUAUGGAUGGACAUAACUGGGCUUUUCAGAUCUCGCUGCAAGAACUGCAAUUGGAGAGGACAGAACGGCAGGUCGCACCACCUCCGGUCUCCCGCGUCGAGACGUGCUCGGGUCUUCUAGCAGCGCGAGAGUGGUCAUCGCUGCAGUUUAACGAGUCCUCGUCUUUGAAGGCAUAUAACCAUUAUGAGUAUUUUCUCUUCCAGGUCCCUUCCGUGUUCAGUGAAUGGGGCUCGUUGUCCCGAUCCCAUCCAGAGAGGGUCUCUUUGUCUCUCUCGCUCAACAAGUUGACAGCAUUCCAUUACGCUGCGGUUUUUCCAUUCUACAACCACGUCAAACUGGUUCUGGAUUCCGUGAAGUUGAUGACGAGUCUCCGCUCGCUCAGUGUACGACUGGCACCAUGCCUGAACGACAAGGCCACAGAGUUGGAACAGAGGGGAUCUAUGGAUCCAAGCGAUCCGUGGAUGGAGCUUGCGACGGGCUAUACUUUAGUUGCACAUGCAGUUCGGGACUUGGGUACCAAAAGUCUUGUACAUUUCGGCGCAUGUGACUACGAGUCUGAUGCCCUUCGACCGGAACUCUCUACUAUAUUAGCAGAUGUUCUGGGUGACAGUGAAUGGGCCCAUGACGGACAUGGGAAUUGGGUCAGAGGAGCGAAAUGUGACCGAGUCAGUCUAUAGGCGAUUUACUUAUGCGUAGCGGUUUGGAUUAUAGUUGCAUAUUCCCAUAUCAUUGAUAUCGGAGCCUCAGGCAUCAAGAACUUUAUC